AUGAUGGGUGCAACUUCGCUGAUGCCUCAACAUAUUCGAAUGAUUAGACAACGAUUCGAUCGAAUCUUUCGUGGUACAAAUGCUGAACGACCACGUAAAGUAGUAUGUGGUGGUCUUGCCAAUAAUUAUAUGGGUUUUGCUGUCUCGAAACUUUAUAUCAAAAAAUAUUUUGAUGAAAAUGCUCUCAACGAGUCUCUUGAAAUGAUAAACAAUAUUCGAAAUACAUUCAUUGAAAUGCUUGAUGAGUCUACUUGGAUGGAUGCUGAAUCGAAAGUAAAAGCCAUCGAGAAGGCCAAAAGCAUGGAUCCUCAUAUCGGUUAUCCUGAGUAUUUGGGCAGUGAUAAUAAUACAAAACUCGAAGAAGAUUAUGCUGAAGCAGAUGGAAAUCUAACACAAGGAGAAGAUAUUGCUGACAAUGGUGGCCUUAGAGAAGCAUUUUUCGUAAGUAUAUUUGAGUUAUUAACAUGCAUGCCCUAG